CCAGCAUGCAGGUCAAGGCGCAGCUCAUGCAGGCGCCGUCCAGCAGCCAUCGCCUCGACGUCGACGGCGGCGACGAGUGGGCCUUCGUCGUCGUCUUUCCCAACAAGGACCCUGCGCACAUCAAGAAGCUGCUCGUGCGGCUCCAGAAGGCCGGCCUCGAGCUCAAGCUCUUCUACUCCAAGACGACGACGGCAGACGGCGUGCCGACCAUGGUCUUUUGCAAGGUCCGCGCCAAGCUCAAGGCGCUCGAGGCCGAGGCUGCGCGCAUCAACCUCCCGAUGCUCAUGGACGAGACCAAGCUUGCGGCGCUCGCGAAGCGUGGCAUCCAGCACGACGACGGGAGCUGGAGCUCGUUUGAGAUUGGCGACGCGAUCACACUCGCGCGCGACCGCCUCACGCCGUACGAGUACAUUUACAUGAAGUACGACGUCAAGUACGACGAGGUCCGGGACCUGUACGCCAAGACGCCGGCGGGCGGCGUCUUCUCGAGCGUCCAGCGCAUGGAGCUCAUCGAGAGCAUGAUCACGAACGUCGCGCACUUUGAUGUGGACAAGCUCAAGGCGGACGGCGAGAUCCUCGACUGCUUCCCGCUGCACAGCGUCGACGAGCUCCGUGCGCUCCAGCGCAAGUGGGUCGCGUGGAACUACAUGCCGUGGAGCCAGCCGAUCCACGAGGUGAAAAACUACUUUGGCACCAAAGUCGCGCUCUACUUUGCGUACCUCGGGUACUACACGUCGUUCCUCUUCGUCUCGGGCGUCGUCGGCCUCGGCGUCUUUAGCCUCGACAUGGGGCUGCGCCAGCGCUACAACGCGACGGCGUCCGAUGCGGGCGCCAACUACGUCGUCCAAGUGUACACGGUGCCCGCGUUCGGCGUCUUUAUGGCGGUCUGGGCGACGCUCUUCCUCGAAGGCUGGAAGCGCAGAAGUGCUGUCUACGCGAUGCACUGGGGCACGACGCACCACAGCGAAGCCGAGCAACCGCGGCCGCAGUUCAAAGGCGACCUCGCCAAAUCGCCGAUCAACGGCGCCGACAUCAAGUUUUUCAACGAGACGGAGCGCCUCAAGCGACGCGUGCUGAGCUGGCUCGUGCUCUUUGGCCUCAUUGGCGUCGUCUUGGUCCUCACGGGCCUCAUCUUCUAUUUGCGCUACUACCUCGUGCACCUCAAUCCUGACAUCUUUGUCGUCCAUGUGCACGGCCGCGACGUGCGUCUGGGCGGCGCGUUUGCGUCGACCAUCAACUUGCUCCAGAUCUUCAUCAUGUACCGCAUCUACGACGGUCUGAGUCUGCGCAUGAACGACUUUGAGAACCACGCGACCGAGUCGAGCUACGAAGCCAACUACAUUCUGAAGGCCAUCAUCUUUCAUUUUGUCAACGCUUACGCGGCGCUCAUUUACGUGGCCAGUGUCAAGGAGCAUGUCGGCGAUCAGUGCAUUGACGGCGACUGCUUCAACGAACUGCGCUACUCGCUCAUCGUGAUCUACGGGUCGCAGAUCGUCAUUGGCAACAUCAAGGAAAUCCUCGUCCCGCGCUUCUGGGCGUGGCUCGCCAAGCACAAGCAGCAAGCCGGCAACGUCAUGGCGCUGAGUCCGGCCGAGCGCCAAUUCUUCAAGUCGCACUAUGGCUGGAAGGGCACCUUUGACGACUUUCUCGAAAUGAUCCUCCAGUUUGGCUACUCGACCUUCUUCGUCGUCUCGUUCCCGCUCACGCCGCUCCUCUCGUUCAUCAACAACGUGAUUGAGAUCCGCAUUGACGGCUAUCGGCUCACGGCCGACUGCCGCCGCCCGCGCCCGCGCAGCGCCGCCAACAUUGGUCUCUGGAUCGAAGUCCUCGAGGUGUUUGUGACGAUCGCGAUUGUGACCAACGCGUGGGUCAUCUUUUACACGCACAAGUACGCCAACGAGCUCAUCGAGUACCUCGAGCAGCACGACAUGGACGUGCCACUGCUGGAUUUGGGCUUGUUUGUCGGCUUUGUCACGGUCGUACUGCUCUUCCGCGCGCUUGUCGCGGCGUGUAUUGACGACGUGCCGGCGUACGUCGCCCGGCAGCUCGCGCGCCAGGCGUUCUUGACGUCCAAGGUCCUGCACCGUGUCAAGCCGGACGACGACGAAGCGUACACGGUCGCCGACGACCGCAUUGCCGCCAGCAUGAAGAUUGCGCCCAUCGACGACGACCCGUGAAGCCAAGCCUGUUGAAGUUUUGUAGUUUUUUGCAUUGGCGCCA